AUGGCUAGUACCAAUACAACGAAGACGACUGCUAUCCAGAAGAUACCCAACAAAACAAAAGAUACAGCUAUAGGCUUCGUCAUUGGUGGUUUAGCUGCUUGUGGGGCUGUUACGUUUACCAAUCCUGUUGAGGUUGUCAAGACUCGAUUACAGUUACAAGGGGAAUUAGUACGAGCAGGCACAUUAUCUGCUUCAUCACGACCUUAUCAUAAUAGUUUCCAAGCACUCAAGGUAGUAUUCCAACAUGAAGGCAUCAGAGGAUUACAACGAGGACUUGGGGUAGCGUACUUUUAUCAAGUGUGUCUGAAUGGAAGUCGGUUGGGGUUAUAUGAACCAGUGCAUUCGUUUGUGGUCAAGACCAGUGGCUGUACGACACACAGUGGACAGUUAGCGGCUGGGGUAUUUUCCGGUGGAUUUGCUGGUGUGGUAGGAGCAUUACUGGGCUCUCCGUUGUACUUGAUCAAGACUCGUCGUCAAAGCUACUCUCCGGUAUUCAAGCAGAUUGGUUAUCAACACAAGAUGGCAUCCAGUUGGUCAGCGUUGGCUCAGAUCUAUCAAGUCGAAGGUGUACAGGGCUUGUACCGUGGUGCAUCGGCUGCCAUGGCGCGUGCAGGUGUGGGCUCGGCCGUGCAGAUGCCUUCCUACAUGUUUGGCAAGGAACUCAUGAUGACUCGCUUUGGUUUGCCUGAUACCGUCUCCACUCAUCUGUUGACCUCCAUGUUCACCGGUUUCUUGGUCUGUAUCGCCAUGAACCCAUUUGAUGUCGUGUCUACUCGUAUGUACAAUCAAGGUGUCGAUUCUCAUGGAAAAGGUUUACUUUAUAAGAACCCACUCGAUUGCUUUGUCAAGAUGACUCAUACUGAAGGUAUCCGUGGAUUAUACAAAGGUUUCUUUGCUCAUUUCUUACGUAUUGGGUAA